AUGACAGGGUUUGGGUGGAGGAAAGUGUGGAGUGAGCUGGGAGAUAUGGGGGCUGAUAUGGGUUCCCCACAUUGGGUACAAGUCUGGUUGUUCACGGUGAAUGAUAUUUGUGGAAUUGAGAAGUCAGCAAUGAUUGGGUCUAAGGUGCUAAGCCAAGCGACACCUAAUAUGAUGUCAGCCCCUUCCACAGGAAGAAUAAACAAUGGUACUAGAAAACUAGAUGAAGAAAAGAGAAAGGUUGAUGUCGGUGCUCUAGAUAAGUUUAUCCACAGACAACCUGUUGAAGAGCACAUUAAAGAGCAUGUUGAAGAGUACAUUGAAGAGCAUGUUGAAGAGCACAUUGAAAAGCAUGUUGAAGAGCACAUUGAAGAGCAAGAGCAUGUAGAAGUAGAAGAAACAGAAGAGCAUGAGCCUAUUAAAGACCUUGUUGAUAUAUAUGAUCCAAGAAGGUGGGUAAAACUUAAUUCGGAUGAGAUUAAAAUUUUGGUUGAGAAAGGUCCUAAAAGAGAUAGUAGUAUUAUGUAUGGUCCCUACGAUAAAUUUGUGUUUAGAAAAGGGAUUUCAAAAGGUAAAUUGGAUGGUGAAGGUUAUGCAGAUUGGCACCAUGUUACCACUAGGGUUAAAGAACACGAAAUUUCAUUGGAUCAUUUUACAAAUAGGAAUAAGUGGUUUGACAUGCGUAAAAGAUUGAACUUGAACGAAACAAUUGAUAAAGAUCAACAUGAGUAA